UCUAACAAUUUCUCUCCGGAUAGACGCACCCAAGCUAUCUUUCUUUCUUGCUUUAACAGUAACUCUCGUCUCCUCUCGCUCUCCCUCAAGUCGCAAGCCCUAAAAUCCUGAAAAAACAGGGCAGAACCCCAAGUUCAGUAAUUCCGUAGUUUUAUCGUACUCUCUCUCUCUCUCUCUCUAUCUCUCUCUCUCUCUCUCUCUCCUACUCCUCAUCCUUUUCAAAAUCCUAAUCCUAACUCCAAAACCUUUUGAAUUAGAUGUCUUCUUCGUCGGGGCAGCCUCAGUUCCGGUACACGCAGACGCCGUCGAAGGUUCUGCACCUACGUAACCUUCCUUGGGAAUGCACAGAAGAAGAGCUUGUUGAACUCUGCAAGCCCUUUGGCAAGAUAGUCAACACCAAAUGCAACGUUGGUGCCAAUCGGAAUCAAGCCUUUGUCGAAUUCGCAGACCUGAAUCAGGCAAUAUCAAUGGUUUCCUAUUAUGCUUCUUCUUCUGAACCUGCACAAGUUCGUGGUAAGACUGUGUACAUCCAAUAUUCAAAUAGGCAAGAAAUUGUCAACAACAAAAGCUCUGGUGAUGUUGCUGGGAAUGUCUUGCUUGUGACCAUCGAGGGUGUUGAAGCUGGUGAUGUCAGCAUUGAUGUUAUACAUUUGCAGGUCCAUGUUAACACGGAGAAAUCUUCAUUGUCAGCGUACUGCAUUGGUGGAAAUAUCACUUGUUUAUUGAAGUUGGUUGCCUCACUUACGGUUUUCUCUGCUUUUGGAUUUGUGCAUAAAAUUGCUACAUUUGAAAAGGCUGCUGGGUUUCAGGCAUUAAUCCAAUUCAGUGAUGCUGAGACUGCAUCUUCAGCCCGGAAUGCAUUGGAUGGAAGAAGUAUACCGAGGUAUUUGCUUCCAGAGCAUGUUGGAUCGUGCCACUUGCGUAUCUCAUUUUCUGCACAUACAGAUCUGAAUAUCAAGUUCCAAUCUCAUCGUAGCAGGGAUUAUACAAAUCCUUACCUUCCUGUGAAUCCUUCUGCCAUUGAAGGCACUAUGCAGUCUACUGUAGGUCCUGAUGGAAAGAAAAAAGAACUAGAGAGUAAUGUGCUUCUAGCUUCAAUCGAGAAUAUGCAAUAUGCUGUCACAGUAGAUGUUCUUCACACUGUAUUUUCAGCAUUUGGAACUGUCCAGAAAAUUGCUAUUUUUGAGAAGAAUGGUGGAAUGCAGGCACUAAUCCAAUACCCUGAUGUCACAACUGCAGCUGUUGCCAAAGAAGCCCUCGAGGGACACUGCAUCUAUGAUGGUGGCUAUUGUAAGCUUCAUCUGUCAUACUCUCGUCAUACUGAUCUCAAUGUAAAGGCUCACAAUGAUAGAAGCAGGGAUUACACAAUCCCUGAAUCCGGUAUACUCCCGAUGCAACAGGCUGCUGCUGUACCUAGUGCAGUAGGUGGUUGGCAAACUUCUCAGGCUACAUCAAUGUAUACUGGCAACGUGCCUGCACAACUUCCUGAUGGACAGGUAGCAUCCUGGGAUCCAAGCAUGCAAACCGGGAGACCAACAUUUGUCUCAGUUCCCACCACAUUUCCAGGUCAAACAUAUCCACCUCCUGCUGUUCCUACCUUCCCUAUGGCUGGAGGAACAAUGCCAGUUCAGCAGCUAGAUCAGGGUCCUGCUGGAAUUACUGCUCAGAGACCGCCACAGUAUGGCCUCCAACCAGGUGUGCAACCAACCCCAGGUCAGCAUCCUUUUUAUGGUCAGUGAGUUUGUGCUGUUUCUAGAAUUCUUUUGUGAGCUACAGUGUUUUGGUUAUGCCACAAAAGGUUUUGUACCUGAAUUCGGUUUUGUUUGGAGGGAAAAUAUCAACUUGUAUUGACUAUUUAACAUUUCAAUUUCGUUGCUCAAGGAAAUUUACCAUUUUUUGUGCAUUCACUUGUCUGUACUGUACUCUGGUCUCUCUAGCAGUCACAAAUAUUCUACGCAGUUUUUGGCGUAUUCCGUUCA